AUGUCUGAUGACCCUGUUGCGAGGUACGUCGGAGUGAUUGAUGCGAUCAUCAGCAGUGCGGACCCGGACGAGAUCAGCCCGAAGAAGAUCCGGAAGGCGUUGCAGGAGUUGUACGGGCUGGACCUCAGCGAGCACCGGAAGCAAGUGAACGACACGAUCAUCGAGCGGUUCAAUUACCUGCAGGAGCACCCAAUGGUGCUCGUGGACAAGCAGGAGUUCGCUGAGCGGGUGCAGAGGAGACCCACUGCCCCAAGCAAAGUGACGAAGAAGGUGAGCAAGAAGAAGACAAGCAAGAAGACGAAAGGUGAUGGUGCACCGAAGGGGCUUGCCGCAAGGGAGUUAGUAUUGAGUGAGAAGCUUGCGCAGUUCCUCGGUGCGGCACGGUUGCCCAGGACUGAGGUUGUCCGUGGGGUAUGGGACUACAUCAAGGCGCACGAGUUACAGAACCCUGCUGACCGGCGUGAGAUCUUCUGUGACGAAGCAAUGCAGCCCGUGUUCGGCCGCAAGAUGACCAUGUUCCAACUGAACAAGAUCCUCAGCGACCACCUCUUCAAGCCGGAAGAGGUUGUGGAGGGGGACAAGUAA